AUGUCUGCAAAAAGAAACAACGAAUCAGCUAUGUCCGACCCAUGGGUCGAACCUGCGGGUCCCAUACAGCCAUCCGCCGUGAAGUGCUCAGCUCUCGAUAAUCUCACUGCUUCAGUGUAUCCUUCGCCUACACAUUUUUUCCCUUUAAAACCCGGAAUCGACCCCCGACAGCUCUACGAAGACUGCAAGCGAGGCCUCUCCCGAUGUAUAUACGAGCAUCCGCACCUCUCAGGCGUUAUCAGAAAGGACGAAACUGGACGUUGCACCAUUGAGAUUCAAGAAGCACCGCAUGCCGGCACGAACUUCUGGUAUCGAGACCAUCGCCACGAUGCAGAUGUUCCUUCUUACCACGAGCUCAAGGUUAACGGAUGGCCGUUUGGGGAUGGCGAACAAGAUGGCCUUAGCAAGCUCCGACCGAGAGACUUCCCGUAUGUUCAGGACGGUGAUCCUAUCAUUGCACCUCAAUUCAACGUUGUCCAAGGUGGAAUCGUCUUGACGAUGUCUAUCACGCAUGUCAUUGGUGACCUCGUGCAGUUUAUGGACUUUCUCAGAUCUUGGUCACAUAAUACCAGUGCCGUAGUGACUGCCAGACUCAAUGGUCAACCUGUACCUCCACUCCCUCAGCAGAUAGCAACGGACUUGAUGGACCGAUCGCUCCUGAUACCUGACGUGCAGAUUGAGGAAGAUCUUGACAAGUUGGCCGCUCGUGCAUCGAAGCUCCCACAUCUAGACAUGCUCGACCCUCGACUUCCAGAAGAAGUCGCCGAGAAAUUGUCAAACCUCUUCACAAAGGCACGUUUGACCAACGAUGAUCUGGUGAAGUUUACUGAAGAUGAACUUCGCACUCUAUCGUGUUCAGUCUGGACCUUUUCGCAGUCCUCAAUGAAGCAGCUUCAGCGCAUGAUCCAAGAGGUCUUGCCUAGCGACUCAAAAGUGUCGUCUACCGACUGUUUGACUGCUUUCGCCUGGAACCGAUUCUUCGCCGCCAAAUAUGCUCCAGGUUUAUCAGGUCGUGAUCCUCUACCUGCGACUAGCAAGAUAGUCUUUGCUGGAAACAUUCGUCGUCGGUUAACGCCCCCGUUACCCAACAACUACAUGCCUGCCUGCGUGGAUUUAUUCCCCGUGGCUGUGAACACCAGCGAUCUUAUCUCGCCUGACCCCAAGACUCUGGCCUAUGCAGCAAUGGCAAUUCGCAACAGCAAUAAUACUUGGGGCGAGGAAACGUUUCGUGACAUGCUCGAGAUAGCCCAUUCACAUCCUGUCAAUCCAGGUCUGAUACCCAAAGGACCCAUUGAUGCACUUGUCACGGAUCAUACACGAGCAAGUGCAGCUAUGCUUUCGAGUUGGGGUCCUGAGCUUGGCACUUGUGAGGCCUUUAGAGAGCCGUAUCUUGGUAGGGUUCCGCCUCAUGGGGAGAUGACACUCUUACCUAGAUGGAAUAAUGGUAAUGUGGAGGUUAUGUUUGCUGGAGAAGCUGUCGUUAUGGAACGGCUGAGAAGCGACCGGCUUAUGAGUCAGAUGGCUUCUUGCCAGUUUGUCAUGGGUGAUCCUAGUUUUAAAGCUACUUGGGGGGAAUAUUUCUCAAAGCUGUACUUGGUAAAGUUGCUCUAA